AUGUCAGGAGAAGCACCCAUCACUACAGGUAAUACACAGUUCGAAGAAAAGCCACAAGAAGGCGAGAAGAAAAAGCUAAGACCGUGCUGUGCUUGUCCAGAAACGAAGAAGGCACGUGAUGCUUGCAUCGUGGAAAACGGUGAAGAAAAUUGUGGCGAACUUAUCGAGGCACAUAAAGAAUGCAUGAGACAGAUGGGAUUCAACAUAUGAUAUGAAGAAAUUCUAAUGCUAUCAGCUGUGAUCAAGGAUUCAAUUUUUGGACAAGGAAACAGUUUCGUUUUGAAGCGUGUAAUGCGGUGAGCUGGAUGAUGCAACCAUGGGCAACCAUUAAGACAUAUGUAAUUUACAAGUAGACGUUUAAUCCUGCAAGGUCCGAUCAAGUGGAAAAUUGGUGAAGAUUAUGAGUAUGCAACCUACUUUUGAGCAGCUUUUCCUAAUUACCUAGAAUUUCGCAAAAGUCUAAAGAAGGGAAAUGGUGACGAGAGACUAGAAUAUUGGUUAACCUUUAACUCCCAAGAUCUGGUUGUCAAUUCUCCCCUCUAGCUGUCACACAUUUCCUUUAAAAUAAGUUAAAAGAAUAUGGUAUUAGAAUAAGAAGAAAAACUUCUAUGUGAUAAGUUUAAUUAUUCUCAUUACCUGUUUGUGCGAUAGUGUAUGGAUAUUAUAUGAAGCAGAUACCCCUCAAUCACUUCUGGGAGUUAAAGGGUUCAGUUGUAUGGGGUUCUUUCACGAAACAUGUUACACCUAGGGAACAGAAAUGUGAAGAGGACAGCUUUGAGGCCCUAAUCAUCCUUAAAAGCUGAGUAGCAACUGGGCAUUUUUGAAAUUUUUGUCAGUAAUAAUUAUUAACAAAUGAAAGGUGCCCAAUUUUUUGUGUGUUUGAUGGUAAUUCCAUUGGUGAAAAGAAUACUCCCGUAUUUCCUUGUCACAUAUUUGAUAAGAGUUUCCUCAAUUCUUGUAUUUGAUAAGUAAACUUGUGAACUUAAAUAAUGUUGAUGAUUUAAAAUAAUGCCUCUGGUGGCUAGUGAAAUGCUGUUGAUAAAAGAGCAGCUAGUCUGUAGAAUUUUUUUACAAAAUCUGGCCAUGCAGAUGACAGUUCACGUGUGAAAGGUAUGUGUCAAACAAAUAACAUUAUGCAUAUGAUUCUCACAGGUGAACUGAUAUCAAAAUAAUAAUUAAUAUUCAGAGAAAAACUAGCUUGGGGAAAUUUAAGGUUUGAAAGCAUGCCUCCCAGAUACCAGCUUCAUACUACCAGCAAUCAAGCUAUGGAAGGCAUGUUGGGUAGGUGGCAAGGAGGGAGGCAAAGAGGGAGUUCAAAGUUUGUGCCAAAUCUUGUCUUAAAUAUGUACAAUUGAUUGAAAUGCUGAUGCUAACAGAUGAUGCAGUGGUCCUCACUUACUGAAAAAGAAGCCUGGAAAAAAUUCAGGCUCUAACAUAAUUAAUUUUCUGUGCCUCCUGGCUGUUUAUGUAGACUAAUUUAAUAAGAACAUCCUUUGCAUGGUUUUUCAGUAACAUCAGUAUUGUUAUUCUCCAUACUGUUUUCUAUACAUGACAAGGAGAAUUUGUAGGACAAUCAAGGGCUUCUUUAGUUGGUGAUAAUUUCCUUAUUCUCAUGACCCUAAUGUGUGAUUUGAGGUGAUGUUGUAAGUGAAAAUUAGCUAGCCACUCUUAGGGUUUGGGGCAUUAAUUUUAACCUUGUGUAGUGUCAUUGAAAGUGCAGCACAGCCAAAAGGGCUUGAAGCCAUCACCUCCAACUUUCCCCCCCCCCCCCACUAAUGUCACCAAAGUCUUUAAAAACCAUUUGUGAGAAACAAGCCCUAGACCAUUAUCAAAGCUUCUGCCAUCAGUAUCUGCCUUUAGUACACAAGUUACCUAUUAAUUUUACAGUCAGUGCUUGAAUAGUCCUCUGUAUUGAUAAUUUGUAAACAGCCUGGCUGUUUGCAAGUUACCAUUGCAACCUGGAAAAUUCCUGAAUACUCUUGGAGUGGCCCUCAUAAUCGUGUGCCUGCACAAGUCUUAUUUACAAUCAGCAGUCUGUCACAUUGCAUAAAAUUUGUUCAGCUGCACCAGGAGCAAUACAUUUUAGACAGUUUUGUACAUUAGUGAAUAGUGAUCUGCUUGUGUGCAUUCCCAUCUUGAAUUAUUUAAUAAGAACAUUCUUUGCAUGGUUUUACAGUGAGAUAAGGUCAUGUGCCGCAGCUUGGACUCACUCUUACACCCUUACAUCAGUACACUCAUUUUCCACACUGUUUUCUACACAUGACAAGGAGAAUUUGUAGGACAAUCAAGGGCUUCUCUAGUAGAUGAUAAUUACCUUAUUCUCGUGACUAUGGGGUUCCAAACCAGUCGAUAUUCCCUCUGUAUUUCUGUGACCCAAUUUAUUUUUUAUAUGGUCAGUUCGACUUUUUAUACGGUCAACUUUUUACUUUUUAUAUGGUCAACUCGAGUUUUAUGUGGUCAACUUUUUACUUUUGAUUAGAUAAAUUUUUACUUUUUAUAUGGCUAACUCAACUUUUUAUAUAGUCAACUUUUUACUUUUUAUAUCGGUCAUUGUAAAACACAAACUGUAGACUGCAGACCGGGGGUAAAGUACGGACUGAGGUUAAAAUGCAGACUGAGGUUCUAAAACAAACCCGCUUCCCCGGAAAAACUCUAAGAGUGUGCAAGUAUUGAGGUCGCGUAAGUUGUGAGAGGUUGGCAAUAAUCGUCAUAGCGAUUGAUGUUUCGGACUUCACUUCCUCAGAUAGUUUUGGCGUUGACAUAUUUAUUUUAAGGUAAGAACGAUUAGCAAUGAAACUGUUUGAAUAUGCAGUUCACAGCUAGCUAAAUAAAUUUCCCUUGUUAAGGAAAAAACAGUUCUGCUGAGCAUCAUUGGCUUUAACAUGCAUGAAGCUCACGUAUACUUCGUUCGGCCUUUAAAGAUGUAGCGAUAGACUUUCAUCACACAUCGGCAACUUCGAUUACUUGGACAGUAAAAACCUAUUUCUCGUACCGUUGUUCAGUUUGCGCUGCGAAGGUAGGCGUGAUCUUGGAAUCGGUGCUCUGUAUUAGAAGCUUCAAGACGUUUAACACUUCGCUCUUGCGCCUCACGAUUAGGUCGAUACCGCGGUCAUAAACGGUUUAUUCUUCAAGAACCGAGUCUGCAUUUUACCCCUGAUCUGCAGUUUUCAGUCUGCAUUUUCACACUGACCAUAUAAAAAGUUGAGUUGAUCAUAUAAAAAGUAAAAAGUUGACCGUAUAAAAAGUCGAAUUGACCAUAUAAAAAGUAAACAGGGUCAUAGAAAUACAGAGGGAAUAUUGACUGGUUUGGCGCCCCAUACCGUGACCCUAAUGUGUGAUUUGAGAUGAUGUUGUAAGGGAAAAUUAGAAGCUAGCAACUCUUAGGGUUCGGGGGUUAAUUUUAACCUUAUGUAGUGUCAUUGAAAGUGCAGCACAGCUAAAAGGGCUUGAAGUCUUUAACUUCCCCCACAUUAAUGUCACCAAAACCAUAAAAGGACGGUUUGUCAGAAACAAGCCCCAGACCCCUCAUCAAAGUUUCUUCCAUCAGUAUCUGCAUUUUAGUCCGCCAGUUAACUUUUUAUUCCACACUCAGUGCUUGAAUGGUCCUCUGUCAUCAUUCUUGUUUGUUAAAGUGUUAGGUAAAUGGUUGUUCAAACAUUCUGCACUUUUAGGCCAAUAAACUCAGAUCUUGAGCAAUUCAUCUGAGCUCAAGGGAAAGCUAUUUAACUUAUAAUUUACUGUUAAUAAAUGAGUUGAAAACGUAAUUUAGCCACCGUAAAGGGUAAAAGUAAGAAGCUUUUUUACCCUUAAGGUGGCUAAUUUACGUUUUCAACUCAGUUGUUAACACUAAAUGACCUGUUAUACUCUCCCACGGACGCAGCAUCACAGUUUCUUUAGAAACUUACCCCCUUUAUUCAUAAGCUAUUUAACUUAGCUUAUCAUGCUUCCUUGCGAAUUUCUUAUUUCAAGCAAAUAAAAAAAUAAAUUUGAGCGAAUACGUAAAACUGCACUUCUUCGGAGUCGGUAAAAAUUUCCCGUAGAUAGAAAAGAACAGGUGUAAAGAGAGCGAUGAUCUCUUAAGAGUGUGAUAAUUUUUUUGUUCAAAUAUGUGUUGAUGUUCACACUUCCUUUCACACGUUUAUUAUAUUAGAAGUUCUUCGCCUUGAAGUGUGUCAAAAAUCUUUUUGUUUUUAAACAUAGGCACUGAGGGUUGUAAGGAAAAAAACUAGAUUCAUCACUUGAAUUUAUAAAGUGUACUUUUGACAAUUGAUAAAAAAAAUAAUGCACCGAAAAUAAGCUGGUGAUCAAUUAGCAACCUUAAAAAUCGUUUUUCCGUAAUAGUUCUCUGAUGAUUUUCACACAUAAGUGAUGACGGUUCGCGUAUUGCGUAACCAAAACUUUGCACAAGCAACGAAAGAAGUUGUCGUGAUGUGUACAUAUUAAAUUGUCUUCCAAGGUUUUCCAUGUUUAGCAUGUCGGCAAUACUGCAUGCUUCCUUUUUUUUUAGGUUAUCUGCAACUCUUAGAAAACAUUGAUCGCAAUCUUAAAUAAUAACCUUCGGUAUCGAUCAUAUUAAAAGAUAAAAUAACUUCAUUAAUUAGGAUGAAAAGGGAGUGAUGUAAAAUUGUUACUAUUAUUGUGAAAGAAACAGUACAAAGGGAUUGCUUUUAAGAUAGCUGAAUAGAAGGUUUUUGUUACGAGGAUACGAGCAUACUUUUUUUGUUAAAUUGCGUACAUAAAGUUAAAUGCUUUUCACUUUUCGCUGGAAUCCUUGAUAGCUGGAACAAAAAAGAAGGAAAGGUCUGUUGGAACUGGUUUUAUUUUUUUGUUUUUUCUGCUUUUCUUAAAUUGACUUUUUCACAUUGAUUUGUGAGUUUAGUCUAACGUGGUCUCUCUAAACAACUGCUGUUGGCCAAAACAUGCCGUUUUAGAAGCAGGCUGCGGUUUUUUCCAAGUCUUUUUGUUUCAGGCCACUACUGUCGCCAAUGCUUGUGUUUAAAAUCAAUUCGGCAAGUGCGCUUAAAACUAGCAAUAAUCGAUCAAAAGUAGAACGAUGCGAAUUUUCGAUUUCGAACUUCUUUAAUAGAAGCUUCUGUGUACUUAAUGUUACGCCCUAUCUUUGAAGGAGGUGCGGUGGCCUCGUGGUUAAUACGCUCGACUCCGGAUCGAGUGGUCCGGAUGCGAGCCCUGGCCGGGGUCAUUGUGUUGUGUUCUUAGGCAAGACACUUUACUCUAACAGUGCUUCUCUUCACCCAGGUGUACAAAUGGGUACCAGCAAAUAUGUUGGGGGUAACCCUGCGAUGGACUAGCAUCCCAUCCAGGGGGGAGUAGCAAUACUCCUAGCCGCUUCAUGCUAAAGGAAACCGGAGCUAGGCGCCGGCCCCAUGGGCCACUUGGGCCUGUAUAAAGGCCUUUAUUUAUCUUUGAGGUAAUUUUUACUGACUCUUGUUCGUCAAAAACAUCUUUCAUACGUUUACCUUGCGAGCAGAAAUUUAAAGAAACGUUACCCCUUGCAUAAGGAGUGUUAGAUUUAAGACCAUUUUUCGUAAAAACCGAGGCCGAGUUGCAACUUCCCGCUCGAUCACUUGUGCUGCCUGGCGAAUUCAAGCAAUAAAUCACUGCCAGAGCACUGAUCUAACCACAAACAACUCGAAAAAAAAACAUGGAACUAAGUGACUUUCUAGUUACGUUUCGCCUGAUCUGAUAAUUACUUGGAUGAAAUAAGUCAAUAAAUGGUGCGAUAAGUCUGCCACGCACACCUACCGUCUUGUUUUUCUAAGUUUACCUAACUGUUUCGAAAUGUUUUUAAAGUUCACGAGAUUGACAUGGUUCCUUUUAGGCGAGGGGCACAAUGCAGUGCCAUUUAUUUACAGUGCUGUUACUCUCGCUUACCAUAUUCGAGCUUGGUAAUGGAGAGGAAAGCGUUUCUGAUGUAAGCACGACGAAGAAGGAUCAGGAAAUCGAUGAUUUAGCAAAUCUUGAGGAUGACGACCAACCAGACGAUAACGCUCAAGAUAGGUGGUUGGCCCCAGAGCUGUACGAUGAAAUAGAAAAGCGUAGUAAAGGCAAGAACCAAAAUAAAAACAAAAACAAGAACAAGAACAAGACCACACCCGCCCCAACAGGCAGGCCAGGGGAAGAGGGUCAGGAGGAGCUCCCGACAAAGAAGAAUAAAGGAGGAAGCAAUAAAAAUAACACGAAUAAGAAUAACCCAAAAAACAGGCCAGCUAAGAAUCUGUUUUCAGAGAAAGGUAAGAUUGCCUGCCAUAACAAAUGACUUCAUCCCGUUUUUCGUAUUUUUUACCAAGAUUUUAUUUGUCAACCUCAAAGGCGGCCAUUGACAAGUGUGUUUAGCACAUGUUACUCAUUGCACUUCUUAACUACUUCGUGCACAUAUUUCGUCCAUAUUGCAAUUAGGCUCAAGUGGUAAUCACGAAACUAUUGUUUUAUUCGACAUGAUUAUCAGUUCAUCUUUCUCUACCCUCGGAGUCUCCCUAUUUCUUUCCUUCCUCAGUUCUUUUUUCCCUCCUUCACUUUCAUUUGAUCUCACUCUUUUUUGAUUCUGAUUUUCAAAUAUCCCUCACCGUCUUUCCACCUUUUCUCAACUUUUUUUUUUAUCUAGAUUUUCUUCCUUUUUCUUUUUUACAUUUCCGAUUCCUGAUCUUCUUUUUAUCUCUUUCUGUUUAUGAUCUCCAGAAAUACCUUUUUGGUUUUUCCCCUUGGGAUGCUACGAAGACAAAGGUCCGUUAGCCUGGAAAAAACCCAAGCUUCGCGAUAUAGAGACACUGUACUUUAACAGCCGUGGAAGGAUCGACUGGAGAUUAAACAACUUCAGGGACCCGAUAAUGAGAUGCGCACAGGCUGCCCAAGCCAAAGGAUUCCUGUGCUUUGGUGUUCAGUUUUACGGUGAAUGCUGGGGAUCCGUUACUGCCUGUGAGACUUACAACAGUUAUGGAAAAUCGAUGAGGUGUACCGGAGGCGCCGGUGUUUAUUGGGCUAACUUUGUUUACAAGGGUAGAUGUGGAUCAGGUAAGUACAUUGAUAAUUUCUACACCUACAAGUGCUGCCCUGAGGUAUGUCAAUAAUUUGUGGAUGAUAUUAAACAUUAUUCGCUUGUGUUCAGUCAUCUCGGGAUCGCUGAUCUCUCCUCAACAGAUUUAACAAAAUAAGACUAAUCAGCCAAAACUGAAGGCACCGAUUAAAUCAAAUAUCAAAAUUCAAGUUUUGACCAAAUAAUCACCAAGUUCUAAAGGGAGUAUUGAAGUAUUUUCUUCGUAAAUCUACUUUUUAAAACAUUUGAUGCAUUUUUUUUCCUACAACACCUGAACAUCUUUUUUCACUAGUUCAAGUGAUUUUUAACAUGGAAAGCCUUUCCUGAGACCAUUUCGCGGAAGAAAAAAAGAUGCAUGGGCGUGAGGUUUUCGGCCUGAAAUAAGUUUCUAAGGACGGAGAAAUACGAAAACAUUCAUUAUUUCCUCGCUCAGUAACCAAUCGGUCAUGUAUGACAAAAUGUCCCAUUUACUUUCCUGCAGCGUAUGGGUGUUGUCCUGACAGAGCUAUGCCAGCUCUUGGCAAAAACUAUGAAGGUUGCCCAGGUCAGUGUGAAUAAUGAUCAGUUGUGAUUGACCAAGACUCUAACCAUGGCUUGGUGUGUAAGACAAAUAAUUUUGUCAUCCAGCAUGUCGAUUGAUCCUUAUUGUAGAACUUUUGUUCACAAACUCUUUUUUAAAAAGUAAAUUAAUCUCAACAAGAGCUUGGUUAUCACAGAAUAUGGUUUACAGUCAGAGAACUUUCAGGGGUGUAGCCAUUCCAUGGGCUCGUAGGCCCAGGCCUGCAAUUUUUUUCCACCCGGUUGACUCUUAUGAUAUGACUUUUGCAAAUAUGGAAACAAAAAUCGAACUUUCUGACAAAAUUCUUUCGAAUUCUUAAAUAACAAAAAAGCAGCAAGAGUAAAUCUCGUAACGUUAAAGCACUAGGUUAGCACCAUUCCAGAUCUCUGAAUAUGUUGUCAAACCAUACAGCGACUACCAUGUACAAGACAGCUACCACAUUGGCAGUUGCAAUGUCAAAGAAUUUUCCAUUUUUGAGGGUCAGACUGUGUGAGAAUAAAUACAUAAAUAAAUAAAGAAAUAAAUCCAGUACAGCGCACUACAGGGUCUGCUUAGCAAACAGGCUUACAACAAUUCGGAAAGCUGGCUACGCCACUAAGUUAUUCUAUUUCUUCCAUAAUCUUAGAUUGUACCACUGUUGUGGACAUAGUUUUUAUUGUCGACUCGUCUGGAAGUAUUGGAAGGAAAAACUUUAACACGAUGAAAGAUGUUUUACUCAAGCUCGUCCGCCAUUUCUCCGUCAGUGAAUCUUACGCUCGAGUUGCUAUCGUUCAAUACGCUACUAAUGCAAGAAGAAUUUUUUCACUUCACAAAUCACAGCGACGGGGAUUUCUGGAACUUCAGAGGAGUAUUUUAGGAAUGCAUUACACUCGAGGGGGAACGAAAACUGGAAAGGCCCUGGAUUUGGCGGCCAGAAUGCUGCGCCAUUCUAGGAGAAGGGUUAAUCGCAAGAUUAUAAAACAUUAUAAGGUAUUGAUCAUUUUCAUCUGUAGGAUUCAGAGAUAAAUGACGAACAGCAUGAGAAAGUUAGCUUUGCGGGGGAGGGAGGGGGGGUUAAAGGUUAUCAUGACAGAUAAGAAUAUUGGGUGUUUUUAGGGGAAUUUCAGCAACUCUUUUUAUAAUCUUCGUUUCCUUUGAGACUUUUGUCCUUCAGUUCCCGAGUUUUCUGCUUCGCUAAUGGAGAUUGUUGCUUAAAGUGGCUAUCUGUAUGUCACGAAAGGUACUGGUCACGUAUAGUCCAAAGGGAAAACGAUGGAAUGGUACAAUCAGGGAAGGAGAAUCUAAUCUUGAAUUUGUUUGGUAAAGUAAUUGAGAAAUUUAAAAGAUGGAGUAGCUAAAUUCUUCUUUAUUGCUGCGGUACAUUUCUUCUAUAUCCCCUCAGGAAGUUGUGGUCUUAACUGACGGCGUUACAAAUGACGAUGACAAGAAAAGAUUAAAACGGAGAGCGCCUGCUCUAAAAGCAAUCUCUCACGUAAUAGCUUGUGGCGUUCAGGGAAAGGGGUACGACGCCAUGAAACAAAAGCAGCAACGUAAGGAGUUAAGUGAGAUCGCCAGUAAGGAGAGCGAUGUAUUCUACGAGCCAUCCUUCCAGAAGCUUAAAAAACUCGUGAGUCCAAUAGCCCGUCUCGCAUGCCCACUGAACAAGAAUCGUAAAUUGGUGUAA